GAAACCUGGAUAGUUCUACACCGAUCAAUCCCAAUGACUCAAAUCACAACACAAUCCCAACGUUCAUCGUCUUGCACUCUUAACUAUAGAGAGAAGAGAACACUCAUCAACGCAUUUGAGGAGACCACAGUGCAUGAAUGCAGAGCACCCAUGUGCCAUGGGGGCGGAGCCAGUUCUUAGGGGAGGAGCCAGGUGUCAGGGUCGGAGAGGAGAGGACGUCAUGUUGAGGAAACGAAACCAAAGCCAGCCGACGUGGAAUCAGUUCUCUCGUUCAGGCGAAAAGAAAAGGUAUUUUGGAAAAUUAGUCUGCCAGACAGAAGCCAUAGCAAGGAAUGGCCUCUGCUAACACUGCCUGGUCUGAGGAUAACUUUUCAUGUUCCAUCUGUCGGGAUGUGUUCAACCAUACAGUUACCACACCAUGUGGACACAAUUUCUGCAGAACCUGUAUUACUAAAUUCUGGGAUGAACAAGUCAAGUACAAAUGUCCUGUUUGCGACAAGCUUUUCGACACAAGACCUGAUCUACAGGUCAAUACUCUCUUAUCAGAGAGGGUUAAUCGCUUUGGAACGUCCGUACGAGUAAAAGAGCAGCCUUGUGUUGAACCAACAGAAGUUCUCUGUGACUUCUGUACUGGGACCCAGCUGAAGGCCGUGAAGUCCUGCCUAGUGUGUUUUAUCUCUUACUGCCAAACCCACCUGGAGCCACAUCAGAGAGUCGCAGGCCUGAAGAAACAUCGGCUGGUUGAGCCUAUGGACCGUCUGGAAGAAAGGAUGUGUAAGAAACACGACCGACUUCUGGAGCUCUUCUGCCAGAAUGACCAGGUGUGUGUGUGUCAGUUCUGCACAGAGGGUGACCACAGGUCCCAUCCUGUUGUACCUCUAAAGGAGGAAUAUGAAGUGAAGGCAGCCCAGCUGGGGAAGAUAGAAGCUGAAGUUCUGCUGAUGAUCGAGGAGAGACAAACAAUUAUUCAGGAGAUUAAAGACACAGUUAAACGCAGCAAAGCAGAUGCAGACAGAGAGAUUGCCGAUAGUGUGCAGGUCCUCACAGGUCUGAUGCGCUGCCUUGAAAAGUGCCAGGAUGAUCUCAACCAAAUGGUUAAAGAGAGACUGAAAUCCACAGAAAAAAAAGCAGAAGAAUUCAUCAAAGAGCUGGAGCAGGAAAUAGAAGAUUUGACCAAUAGAAGCUCAGAGGUGAAGCUGCUCUCCGGCAAUAAAGACCACCUCUACUUCCUCCAGACCUUCAGAUCCCUGAAGAAACAUGCGCCCACCAGGGACUGGACGACGGUGGAGGUCCGUCCUCCGUCAUACGUAGGGACCUUGAGGAGAUCCUUGGAUCAGCUGGAGGAGACACUGAACAUGGAGAUGAAGAAGCUGCGUGAUGCUGAACUGAAGAAGGUCCAGCAGUAUGAAGUAGAUGUGACUCUGGAUCCUGAUACAGACCAUCCCAGUCUCAUCCUGUCUGAGGAUGGGAAACAAGUAUAUCACGGAGGUGUAUGGAAGGAACUCCCAGACAAUCCUAAGAGAUUUUCAAAGAAGUUUUAUGUUCUCACGAGGCAGAGCUUCACCUCUGGGAGAUAUUACUUUGAGGUCCAGGUUAGAGACAAGACUAUAUGGCGUUUAGGCGUUGCCAGAGAGUCCAUCGACAGAAAAGGUCAGAUCAGAGUGACCCCUGCGACGGGUUACUGGAUUAUUACUUUCAACGACGAUGUGUUGGGAUUUAAUGAGGUCCCUGUUGUCCGUCUCCCUCUGAGAGGUAAGCUCCAAAAGGUGGGGGUGUUUGUUGAUUAUGAUGAGGGUCUGGUCUCCUUCUAUGAUGUAGAUGCCAGGGUUCAUAUCUACUCUGCUACUCGCUGCACCUUUACUGAGCCUCUCUAUCCAAUCCUCAAUCCAUGUACACGUUGUGAUGGUAGAAACUCUGCCCCCCUGAUCAUCUCACCUGUCAAUCAAACAGACUAGGACCUUUGUUUGAUUAUUAAUUAAUAAAUACUUCAAUAAUCAAUGACUAAUGUUGUUACCUGAAUUAGAAUAUGUACCAUUUGAGAUCUUAGAGAACUGUAUUUAUAUCAUAAUGUACGCUGUCAUUCGACAAGGAUAAUUUUAUUAAGAGACUUACACAAAGCAAGCAUAAUAAACUCAUAAAUUAUUAAAUAACUGUGGUUCAAUAUCUGUUUUCUCCUGGAUGUCUUUGAUAUGUUUAGUGAUGCAAAAUUGUUAAACGUUGCAGUCAAGUAAAAUGUUGAAAGUGUGAAAUGUUCAUUUUGAUCAAAUAAUCGAUUUAUUUUUAACAAAACAAUUUAAGAAGUUAAUUUUGGUAGUUAAGCGAAUAAUGUAUGACAACACAAUCAAAAGUUUGUACACUUCAGAUAAAAAUGUCAGAAAAGUACAAUGGGGACUUUUUCUGUGAAAUGGGUACAUUCUCAGUACACUAUGCAUUAAUUAAUUAAGUAUGUAUUCAGUAGAAUUGCUACACUCUCAGUGCAAUAUGUAGAACAUGUAUGGGCUCUCUACAAUAUGUAUUCAGUGGAAUAGGUAUAUUUUCUGUACAUGCUGAUGGCUAGUUCAAGCAGUCUCACCUGGCCCCUUAGACUGAUUUGACUCGGGCUUGGUGAGGCUGCUGGACGCCUGUUUUGCAUUGAGCAAUCAAUGGCUUUGCGCGCGCGCGUGUGCAUGUGAGGGUGCGUGUGUGUGUGCAUGUGAGGGUGCGUGUGUGUGUGCGUGAGGGGGCAUGUGUGUGCGUGUGUGUGCGUGCGCGUGCGUGUGUGUGUGUGUGUGACCCACUUUAAACACCGUACACUAGUACGGUAGUUCUUCAAACGAUGCAAACUUUCCAAAAGAGAAUCCCCGAAAAUGCCGGCGGUGGGAGGCGUACUCCCAUUCACUACCUCGACUGGUUUAUUUCACUCUAUAUAGCAUUGAAUUGAAGAUGUUUUUAUUUCCAACAAGUAAAGAAAAAGAAAAAAAAAGCAAUAAUAAACAAUAAAAGGAUGAAACAAGUGCACAGUUACAAUAAAGUAAUAUUUACAAAGAAAUCUUUUGAAUUGUAUAUGUUAAAAAAUGUUGUUCAGAUGCUAUUUUAAGGGCGCAUGCAUAAUGUUGCUUGUGCACCUCGCGCAUACACUUUGCUUCUCCCAUCUACCUAGCCACACAUAAAACUAUUUGGGAAAGAACAGCUGAUACAGCGGUAAUAAGUUGUAGCCUACUUUUAAAAUCAAUGCAACUGCAAACACCGUACGGCAAACACAUAUUUUCUUGACACAGACAUCGUGUACAAGCCCAUAACUUUUAGGAUUGAUGAGUAUUUGAUGGUGAGAAAACAUUGUUCCACCGCGAGUGAGUGUUAAAAAGAAUGAAUGAAUGCGGGCGCGUGUGCGUGCGUGCGUCCAUCUGUUUAAAUACACGCAAACUAAACACGUAACGCAUAAUACAGUCCAUGGCAAUGUAUAUUAACGGGGGGACGCAUGCAUAUUAGGAACACAAGUCGAUAACGAUAAUGCAUACAAUACUGGUAAGAAACGAUGUUUGUUAAUGUAUUGCGUAUAUCAUUAAAGAACCCGUUGCCGCAUAGGCUAUCAUGUGUGUUAAGUUAUCUUUGCCAAACUUUAUUUGAGGACUCAGUAUUUCUGAAGGACUCAGUAUUUCAUUCCAUGUAUGAAUUAGGCCAUGUUAUUUGGCCAUAAACUGAGCCAUUUGAUGUUUGAAAUUCAUGUGGUCAUGCAUCUGUCUCUUCAGAGACUGCAAACGCGCUGUCAAAAUAUCAACUCGUCAGAUUCAAAUGCGCUCAUGGCUCUUAAAGGGGAUGGGAGAUGGCACUCGUAUAGGCUAUUGCACGUUAUGCCUAAACCACACCUACGGGUAAUAAGGCUACUUGAGACCAACCCUUUUUAGAUUUGCGCCAGGCGCCGGUAAAAUAGCAACAUCGCCAUAGAAUCGCCCACAAAGCUACUUGCGCUUGGCGCUUCUCACUUGCGUUUCAGACCGUUAAAAUAGGGCCCAGAGUGGGAGACAUCUUCUGCUGUCACUCUCCAAGGGGCUGGACGUUGGCCGAGUGAUGACGUCACACGCUUUGGACAAGCCACCGACCGCAUGGUUUAGGGCAGGGAUGGGCAACUUUCAUGAUAAAGAGGGCCACAUUUUCAUCAUAACCAUCGGAGGGCCACAUGACUGCACACUUCAACUAAACGUGAGCUGAGAGAAGCUACACAAUUUUGAAUUUGGUAGACACGAUUUCCUGUAUUCUGGUGCAUUUUGGGGAUGGCCACUACCUAAAAAAUCAUCCAGAAUCAUAACCUACGUACGGUAUGUUAAUUGAACCAACAUACAUUAAUUUCAUGUUUUCCAUGCUCAAACAGCCACAUGAAUGGUCAGUAUUUUUAUCAGUGCAAAGGGCUCACAUACAUCAUCAAUCAAUGAAGUCAAAAAACUGAAAAACAGUGGCCCAACAUCAAGUGCAACAACUCAAUGAACUCAAACCCAACAAGCAGUUGUAGUAGUUGUAGUGGCGACUUAAGUGGAUAUCUUUAAUGACUGAUAUUGCUUCUAAGCAAACUAGACGCAUGGGUUUGCCUUCGAAUUCUAUGAAUUCUUCUCAUCUUUCUUGACCGAGUUUUCUGUAACUCGAUCAACUAUUAUUAUUCUUUUUCUUUUUUUUUUUCUUUUUUUUAUUAUGUGCGCGCCUGACUGAGUGAGGAUGCGGGCCGCAAGUUGCCCAUCCCUAAACUUUAGGGAAUCACUCCUGGUGUACACAAUCCAUUUAAAAAGAAGUAAGAAUGUGAAACACUUUGCAGGAAGAGCUACCUGUACCGAAUGAGAUGAGAUGAGAAAAGGAAAACAUAGAAUUGUUGACAGAUUUUUGUGCUAUACAAAACCUCAAUCGUUUUAAUAACAAGACUCGUUGUAUGUGGCAAUUCUGUCAGGUUCCUAAACCACCUCUCACCUACAAUUAUAGAAGAUAAUGUUAGCCAAAUUAUAACUCACAAUAUGACAAUUAGCAGGUGUUUGUAUCCAGAGCGUCCAGGUCUGGGCUGCUCAGGGAGGACAUUUGGGAUCUUUUUGACGAGGAGGUCUAAACAAACCAACCAACCGGAUCCCCUGAGCCCCUCAACAGUCCUGGUUCAUUGUGGGGCUGCAGGGCUGCCGGCUCCCCUGUGAACGCCCCUUCAGUUCAGCUUCAAUAAGAGGAGGACAGGUGUGUCGCAUCAGCGUCUAAUCAACAGGGGACGGGUCACCCUAUCAGCCAAUCAGAGGUGAUGCCUGAACCUGCAGGUGACCGGGUCACCCUAUCAGCCAAUCAGAGGUGAUGCCUGAACCAGCAGGUGACCAGGUCACCCUAUCAGCCAAUCAGAGGUGAUGCCUGAACCAGCAGGUGACCGGGUCACCCAAUCAGCCAAUCAGAGGUGAUGCCUGAACCAGCAGGUGUUUCACCUAGAGAGGGAGUCAGCGAAUAGAAAUAAUGGAAACUGAUCUAUAAAUGGUGUAGAAAAGAUGUUGAAUUAUCGAUUAAAAGUCCUGAAUUUAUGAAUUCAGAUCCUUCCGUGAACUACGAGCCGUUCUGUGGUUUUCUGAGGGCGCGGCACCAACUGCCAAGCUCUACCGGUCGAGCAACCAGGGACUAGAGAUUCAAAUCACCCAAAGGAUUCCUGGAAUGGUUGAGUCACCGUUUAUUAAAAUGAAAAACAAACUCAAAUAUAAGAAGCAUGUGCAGCGCAGCACACCGCCAGCAGACAUGGCCUUUCUUGCGAGCUCAAAGCGAAGAAAAUAAAAA